GAAAUUUUCAUGGAACAUAUUAAUAACUGACAAUUGACAAGUAUGUCAAAGUCACUAACGUCAUCUCCAUGUCAAAGUAAGGGAGAAUGUCAAAAUAAUUAUUUAUAUGUGAAUUUUCUGGAGCUCCUCGUGCUGUAAGAUCGGUCGUAGAAAUGUUUAUAUUUAUUAUGAAAUAUCAGUUGACCCGUGCCUAAAAUCGAAGAGUUGCAACAAUGGCAAUUCAUUUUAGACAACUGGUUAAAUUCGCGAAUUUUUCGAGCUUGGUGGCUUCGAGAAGUAGCGGCUUUAAAUUUGAAAAAUGUCCUCAAGUUCAAAUUACUCAAACAAAUCAUCAGUAUUUACCAAAGGUAAUUAAGACUUUUGAUUAUGGUGAAAAUAAAGAGUUGGUUUUUCUAAAUAAAAAUAAUGUAAUGGACAAUAGAGAACAUGAAAACGAUUUAGUCACAAAGGAAAACAUAAAUAUAAUCGAUCACUUUACUGCAGAAGAAUUAAAUCGAGUGAAUUAUUCAGAUAUUAGCUCUUUACAAAGUGUAAAUUCCAGUUAUCAAUACACUGUGCCAAAGCAACAGCAAACUGCUCCCGAUAAUGUUUCAAACAAACCCAAUCCCGAGCAAUUAGCAAAAGUUUAUGAAACAUUAGCUAGCACUUUACCUACACUCUUUAUUAAACCAUUGGAUUACAAGAUAUAUCAUCCAAAUAUCGUAUUUGAAGAUCACAUUAGGAACAUCAGAACGGAAGGUCUGUACAAUUACGUCAAGCAAGUCGCUUUGUUACGAACAGUAGGCCAUUUAAAAUUUGCCUAUGUGAAAUUUGAGAUAUUAAAAAUCACUCAGCAUCCCGAGGACUCUACGAUAAAAGUUAGAUGGCAAAUUAGAGGAAUUUCCGCUUUGAGGGUAAUGCUGACAUUUUGGAAAUACAAACUGUGGAACCUGAAAGAAGUGUUUGAGAGAACAGAUAGUUGGUAUGAUGGAUUUUCUACCUUUUACGUUGGUUCGGAAGGUUCAGUUGUAAAGCAUGUGGCUGAUAAGAUGAUGCCAGAUUCGGACCGGGUGAGUGAUCCUGUACCAAAAUCGCUAGAAAAUGCCGCAAAAAUAGCCCUAAUAGUAGGAAUUAUUCCAAAGUUUUCAGACCUGAAUUCGAUAGUUUAAACGAUAAAUUUUAGCAUUCGCAAAUUAAAUAGCUAGCACUACACGAAUACUUCAGACGAUAAACGAAUGUAUUUAUUAGUUUAACAUUCUCCUUUGUUAAACGCAGGUGUUCAAUAUGCUAAAAGUACGUCUGUAUUUUAUUAUUGAAAGAUAACGUGAAGAGUUUAUCAAUUGUUUCUUACAUCAUUUAAUUAAAUGAGACCAAAAAAUCG